AAUAACUUGACUUCAGCUAAACAUCUUUCAAUGAGAAACUUGACUUUUCUUGGUCUCAGCUUCAACUUGUUGCAAGGAAAUCUCCCAAUUCCAUCCUUUGGUGUUGAAUACUUUGUAGUGUCCAACAACAAAUUCAAUGGACACAUUUCUUCCUCAUUUUGCAAUGCAAGCUCACUUGUGAUACUCAACUUAUCUCACAACAACUUGUCAGGCCACAUCCCAAAGUGCCUUGUUGCUCUCCCUUAUCUUGAGAGUUUGGAUUUGCAUACAAAUAAUUUUGUUGGAUCUAUACCAAAUAAUUUUUCUAAGAGCAAUUCUUUGCAAUCUUUGCAUUUGAACAACAAUCAAUUUGAGGGAGUAUUGCCUUUGUCUUUGACCCACUGCAAGCAAUUAGAAGUUUUAGAUGUGGGGGAAAACACGAUCAAUGAUGAAUUUUCCAAUUGGCUCGAAGGCUUACUAGAGCUAGAGAUACUCAUUUUGAGAGGUAACAAGUUCUAUGGUGCCAUUUAUAUUUCCAACACCAAACAUCCUUUUCCUAAGUUAAGAAUUUUUUAUGUUUCCAACAACUGUUUUGAGGGAUCUUUGCCAACCACAUACAUCAAGGAAUUUAAAGGAAUGAUGAAUGUUGAUUAUGUUGCAACCAAUCCAGAUUACAUGGAAACUAACCAUUCUUAUCAAGAAUCAGUGAUGGUCACGUUGAAAGGUGUUGAGUUAGAGUUGGUAAGGAUCAUAACUACAUUCACAUCCAUUGACUUGUCAAAUAACAUAUUUGAUGGAGAGAUUCCACAAGUUAUUGGUGAGCUACAUUCACUAAAAGGUCUAAACCUCUCUCACAAUAAAAUCACUGGUCCUAUUCCUCAAUCCUUUGCAAACUUGACAAACCUAGAAUCAUUGGAUUUAUCAUCAAACAUGCUUAAAGGUAAGAUUCCUCUUGCGCUAGCAAAUCUCAACUUUCUUGAAGUUCUAAAUCUUUCUCAAAAUCAACUCGUUGGAAAAAUACCAAGAGGUAAGCAAUUUGAUACAUUUUUGAAUGAUUCCUAUGAGCAAAAUUUAGGAUUAUGUGAAUUUCCAUUGUCAAAAGCAUGUAAUCAUGAUGAAGGGAAAUUGCCACAGCCAACUUCAUCAAGUAAUGACAAAUUUGGAUUUGGUUGGAAACCAGUAGCUAUGGGAUAUGCGUGUGGGAUGGUGUUUGGAAUACUCAUAGGUCAAGUUGUCUUCUUAAUUGGGAAACCUAAAGGGCUUGUCAGAAUUUUUCAAGCUAGGCCUAAGAAACAAGCCAAAAAAAAAAAAAAAACAAAGAAAGAGCUCGUCCAAAUCAAAGGAGAAUGA